AUGGCCAUCGUCUACGUUAGCUAUCAUUCAUCGCACGAUAGCCUCAAGGCUCACCGCCAGCCCAACCACAGCUCCAACCAAAAUCAAUCUAGCGGCUAUGUUGCUCCGAGCAAUGCCUUCGAAGCUCCUCCUGAUGCCUCCCUGCCCAUCUUCGACGUUCGAGACGUCCAGCUGCAGUUCUCGGUCGCAGCAGACUUUGUGGCCGCGCAGGUCGCCAACAAUGUCCUAAUUCUGGCUCUUGCGACCGGGCGAAUACUGCGCAUUGACCUGGACAGUCCAGAGGAUAUCGACGACAUCGAUCUUCCUAAGAAGGCCUCAGAUACUGGAAUUAUUCGCCGGCUUUUCCUUGAUCCAUCCGCCUCUCACUUGAUUAUCACCACCACCCUCGGCGAUAACUAUUACCUGCACACCCAAUCCCGCCAACCGAAGCUAUUGUCGCGCCUGAAAGGCCUGAUCGAGAGUGUAGCCUGGAACCCGUCAAGACCGACGGCGUCGACAAGAGAGAUUCUAGUUGGAAUUGCGGAUGGAAACGUGUACGAGGUGUACAUCGAGCCCUCCACCGAAUUCUAUCGCCGCGAGGAGAAAUAUGUCACAAACGUCUAUCGCGUUCCCGAUGCCUCUAUCACAGGCCUGUUUGCUGAUUCAAUACCGGGAAAGCCGGACCACAGAUGCGUGAUCGUUUCCACACCGACGAAAUUGCUGUAUUUCAGCGGCCACGUCGGGCGUCACGGGAAGGACAGUGUUUAUGCCGAGUUGUUCCAGCGAAAUACACCCACAGUACAGGAUGGCGCGAAAGCGGGCAAACCGGCCCCUUCAUCAUUGGCUGUUUCACCGCAGCCUGUGGACGAGCACCAUGUUGAAGGACAGUCGUCCGAACUGCGCUUCGCAUGGCUAUCUUCUCAGGGCGUGCUUCACGGCGUCUUGGACCAUGCUUCGUCUGACACAGGGAAGGCCGUCGAGAAUGCCAAAUUGAUUCCUCGCACCGUAUUUCCUGCCUCGGAAUCUGCGCGGGGUGGAAGGAAACUCAUCCAGGAUCCAGUGACUGCCAUGAACCUGUCACAAUGGCAUGUGCUCGCACUGGUUGAAGGACAUGUGGUCGCUGUGAACGUUUUAAGCGGUGAAGUGGUGCAUGAUCAACCCGUGCUGGAGCCUGGACAGAGUGUUCUUGGGCUUUUGAGCGACCGUGUCAAGAACACGUAUUGGCUCUUUACACCGCAAGAAAUUUACGAAAUUGUAGCAUACGACGAAGAUCGCGAUGUAUGGCGUUACUUUUUACAAGAUCAGAAAUUCGAUGAAGCUCUCCGAUAUGCGCAAAGCGCCGCCCAAAGAGAUGCCAUUGCUACCGCUUCGGGAGACUACCUUGCCGAGAAGGGUAAAUAUCAGGAAGCAUCUGUAGUAUGGGGAAAGAGUAGCAAGAGCUUCGAAGAAGUGUGUUUGACUUUUAUCAAUGCUGGCGAACAUGACGCACUGCGGAAGUAUCUUCUCACGAAGCUUGCUAGCUACAAGAAGUCGGCAGUUAUGCAACGCGUUAUGAUCACAAGCUGGCUUGUGGAGGUGUUUAUGGCAAAACUGAACUCUCUCGAUGAUACGAUCGCGACAAAGGCAGAGCUUACAGAGGGCACGAGCCCUGGGGAAUCCAAAGCGCAGCGUGACAGCAUUCGAGCUGAGUUUGAGGAUUUUGUAACCAGGUUUCAAUCAGACCUAGACCAGAAGACGGUCUACGAUAUUAUCAGCAGUCACGGGCGUGAAGCAGAGUUGCUCUAUUUCGCAAAUGCCACGAAUGAUUAUAACUACGUUUUAUCGUAUUGGAUACAGCGCGAGAAAUGGUCAGAUGCUUUGAACAUGCUUCAAAAACAGACGGAUCCCGAGGUUUUCUACAAGUACAGCACUGUACUCAUGGUCCACGAUGCGGUAGGGCUCGUGGAUAUUAUGAUACGACAAACCCAUCUUGAUCCUGAGCGGCUGAUACCUGCCUUGCUCAGCUACAACCACACUGUCGAGCCAGCUCUGAACCAGAACCAGGCAGUUCGCUAUCUCAAUUUCAUCAUAGCGAACCACCCUCAUCCGGCGGCGGCCGUGCACAAUACGCUGAUAUCUAUAUAUGCCUCGAGCUCCUCUUCAAAGGAGACGGCGCUUCUCAAUUACCUGGAGUCGCAGCCAUCAGACUCGCCUCCGUACGAUGCUGAUUUUGCUUUACGUCUAUGCAUACAAUACGAAAGGGUGCAGUCCUGCAUUUACAUUUACAGUUCCAUGGGCCAAUAUCAACAGGCAGUAGAACUAGCGUUGAAAUACAACGACAUUGAAUUUGCGGCCAUUGUCGCCGACCGGCCUGAGGGCAACGACAAGCUACGAAAGAAACUAUGGUUACUUGUUGCCGAGAAGAAGAUUCGCCAGCCGGGCACGGGCAUCAAGGAUGCAAUCGAGUUUCUGCGACGAUGUGAGCUGCUUCGAAUCGAGGACAUGAUUCCGUUUUUCCCCGACUUUGUCGUAAUCGACGACUUCAAGGAGGAGAUCUGCAAGGCCCUGGAGGAGUAUUCGAUUCAUAUCGAUGAAUUGCGACAAGAAAUGGAUACCUCGGCGCAGACAGCCAGUCAGAUUAGAGGCGAAAUCGCGGAUUUGGACAGACGAUAUGCUAUCGUGGAACCCGGCGAGAAGUGUUGGAUUUGUUCGCUACCGCUCCUGAGUCGGCAAUUCUUCGUUUUCCCCUGUCAACAUGCCUUUCACAGCGACUGUUUGGGCAAGGAAGUGCUCGAAGGCGCCGGCGGGAAGAGGAGGUAUAUUCGCGACUUGCAGGCGCAGAUUAGCAAGGGGAAUCUCUCAGCGGGCAAACGGGAGAAGAUGAUUCUCGAGUUGGACUCGUUGAUUGCCGAGGCAUGUGUGUUAUGUGGCGAUCACGGAAUCCGGCAAAUCGACCAGCCGUUCAUAAGCGAUGCAGAUGACGCCGAGGAGUGGAAAUUAUGA